AUGUCUGGAGAGCCCAAUGCCGCCUGGCCCAUCGCCGAUGAGGCCCUCACUCAGAGUCUCCUGGACCUCGUCCAGCAGGCCUCUCACUACCGCCAGCUGAAGAAGGGUGCCAACGAAGCCACCAAGACCCUCAAUCGCGGAACCGCUGAGCUCGUUAUCCUCGCUGCCGAUACCUCUCCUUUGGCUAUUCUUCUUCACUUGCCUCUCCUUUGUGAAGACAAGAAUGUUGGAUACAUCUACGUCCCCAGCAAGCUUGCCCUGGGUCGCGCGACCGGUGUGUCUCGUCCCGUAAUUGCGGCCAGUAUCACCACGAACGAGGCCAGUGACCUCAUGGGCCAGAUCAGAGCUAUCAAGGACAAGGUUGAGAGACUCAUGAUCUAA